AUGAGUGAAGCACAUCAAAUAUCAAUGGUACAGCAAGCAGACCCUGGAUUUCUGCCUCAUUCUAAGAUGCUAUUAAUGGAAGAGAUUCUACGUGUAUAUCGGCUGGUGAAUCCAGCUUGCACAGCUCCACAAUCGAUCUCCACGACAAACGUUCAGAAAGACGCCAAGAUCACGUCAUCGUCUACGCCAGCUGUUGAUCCGCAGGAACUCUCACAAACACUCAUUGAGAAUAUGAAUCGAGCCCUUAACUGUAUCACAAAUUCAAAACAUUCAUCAGCACCCAUGGAUCCUCGAAAAGAACAACGGCUUCGCGGUCAGCCAGGAUGGGAUCACCUUGAAGAGCCUCUACACGUGCUUGUCACUGCAGUCGAUCACAACCAUAUUGUGUUCGUUUGA